AUGAAGCCGACUCGAGCGCCGCCGAUUCCCCGACGGCCCCGGGCCCAUCCUCUGUCGACCAUCGAUCACAGGACCCUUGCUCGUCUUCAGCACCCCUCCUUCUCCACCUGCGCUUGUCGUCGUCAGGAAAACCAUUACAGAACCCUCGGACUCACAAAGGAAGCCUCGGCCCGACAGAUCAAAUCGAACUUCUAUGAGCUUUCGAGAACGCACCAUCCGGAUAUGAAUCCCAGCGGGGCCAGCUCGGCCGAGCGGUUCAAGAAGAUCUCCGAGGCCUACAGCGUGCUAUCGGAUCCGGCGCAGCGGAAGCGAUACGACGAGACACUGAGUGCCUCGGGCGUGUCGGGGGCGGGCGAUCCGGGGACGACGUAUGCCGGCAUGACGGCGGAGUACGGCUCACGGAAUGCGGAGCGGCGGGCGAAUGCGAACUACGCCUGGUCCACGCGAGCCUCCCGGGCAGGGCCAAGAGCUGACCCCCGCGCCCGGAGAUCAGACCCGCUCAGAUCGGCCCAGCAGGCCGGCGACUUCUCCGCUUCUCUCGACCGCUUCGAACGUCUCGCCCGUCGCCGGAAACCUCCCUCCGCCUCCGCCUCCGCUAUCCCUGAUGACCCAUGGUCCGACCCCCUCCACAACCCCUCUCCAACUCGUCCUAGACCCAAAGCAUCUCCCGCUCAGCAAGCUGCUCAGAUGGCCCUCAUGCUCUCCUUGAUUUUUUGGGUUGGCAGCAAACUUCAACUGUAA